AUGAGUUCACCAUCACCGAAAGUUAAUCAUAUUAAAAUUUAUCCAUGGUCUCAAAGAAAAUUAAACAAAUUUAAUCCUUUUCCACGUAAUGGUCACUCUGUGAGUGAUACGAUAAAUAAUGAAAUAUUCUUUUUCGGUGGUUUUGUAAACGAAAAAGCCACAAAUGAAUUAUUUGUUAUUGAUGUUAAUGAUCUUAAUGUCGUUCCA